ACGUGGUGUGUUUAAAUCAAAAUUUCAUAUAAAAUUUCUAAAAAACAUCUUCUUUAGCGAUCAAUAUACAAAAUGGGAGUUUGGCCAGAGGUAACAACUGUAAAAAAUGAAAACAGACAUGAAAUCAAGCUGUCUGGCGCGUCAAUAUCAAAACGAAUAUCCGAGGAAGGUUUAGACAACAAUUUGUUCCAAUUAACCAAUUUAAACCUGCUAAAUAUUAGUGAUACGAGCCUCACAAUUAUUCCCGAUGAUAUAAAUAGGUUAGUGAACCUACAAUCGCUGUUAUUAUUCGGAAAUAAACUGCAAGACUUUAACGAAAAUAUAACCUCUCUGCCGAAGUUAAAGGUGCUCGAUUUGUCCAGAAACGAGAUUAAAAGUAUCCCAGACAGUCUGAAUAAGAUGAAAGAAUUGACAAGCAUCAAUUUCAGUUCGAACCAAAUCGAAGCUAUGCCGAAAUUCGUCGAUUUUCCCAACUUAAUUAUAGUUGACGUGUCUAAUAACAAAUUAACCGAGUUUAUAGACCUGGAAGGAGCUCAUUUGCCACAUUUAACGGAUCUCAAGCUCAAUGGCAACGCUAUUGAGGCAAUUCCAAGCUAUUUACCUCAAAGUUUGCCAUCGCUGAAGAACUAUGAUAUGGGUGAUAAUAAAAUCAAAGCUGUACCGGGGGAACUUGCCAGUCUACAAAAACUAAAAGAACUAAACCUCAAAGGCAACAAGCUCGCUGACAAGCGUCUCAUGAAACUAGUCGACCAGUGCCGCACCAAGCAAGUCCUAGACUACGUCAGGGAACACUGCCCGAGGAGCGAUUCUCAAGCGCAGGCAAAAGGAAAAGGGAAAAAGGCCCCCAAAAAACAAGAAGACACACCUAUCGAAGAAGCUGUCUGUGAUCUAUGUCAUUCAAUGAAGAUUCUAUAUGUCGAAGAUAAUAUCCCUAACGUAGAAAUCAUAGAGUCUCAAGUUAGCGCUGUCCGUCCGUUCAUAGUGUGUUGUAUUGUUAAUGAUUUGAACUUUACCGAGGCGUCUUUUAAGAAGUUCAUUCAGAUGCAGACGAAACUACACGACACGGUGUGCGAGAAGAGGAACGUUGCUACUAUAGCCACACAUGACUUGAAGAAAAUUGCACCAGGAAACCUAACCUACACAGCGAAGCCCCCGAACGUCCUGAAGCUGGUGCCGCUCGGACGCUCCAAGCCUUUCACCGGUGACCAGUUGUUCCAGCAGCUUGUGGCGGAGGCCGACGCUCUCAGGAAGGAGAAGAAAAGAAAUGUUUACUCCGGGAUACAUAAGUAUUUAUACCUACUGGAAGGCAAGCCGAAGUACCCGUGCCUGCAGGACUCCAAGGGGCAGGUCAUCAGCUUCCCGCCCAUCACCAACUCGGAGGUCACCAAGAUGUCUCACGAGAGCACAAGCAUGUUCGUAGAGGUGACUUCCCACGCGUCCCUCGGCGCCUGCAAGACUGUCCUCGACAAGUUCCUGCUGGAAACGCUGCUGCUGGGGCAGGCUGGUCAGGACCAGGGCUACCACGCGUUGAACGUGCAGCAGGUGAAGAUAGUGGACACAGAAGGCAACCUGAAGAGCGUGUACCCGUCGCGAACGGACUGCGUUUACGAGGACGCGGCUAACGUCAAAGUGUUCCGGCUGCCGAAGAAAUAAGCUGUGGCAACACCA